UAAUAGUUGCAAAAAACCAGCAAUGUGUCAUGUACUUAUAACAGUGACCCUGCAGUCUGUUCACCUUUCAGCUGCCUGCUUGGCCUUACUGCCCCUGUGCAAGCUGACAACAUCCACUUCGUGUCAGCAUUCCCGAGUUUCCUUAGCACACUUGUGCUACCAGCUGCUCUAAAACUCCCAUGACUCUCCUUUAUUUGUAUUUUUCAUACUGUUUGCCGUGGAAAUAAGCCUUCUACUCCUCUGUUUCUGCAGUCCCACAGACUUAGAACAUGUUAAAAUCAUGGCACUGAAACAGGUUUCCAGCAACAAAUGCUUUGAAGGUUUCCAGAAGGUGUUUGAACAUGACAGUGCAGAGCUAAAAUGCAAAAUGAAAUUUGGAAUCUACUUGCCUCCGAAAGCAGAAACUGGGAAGUGUCCUGUGCUGUAUUGGCUCUCGGGGCUGACCUGCACAGAACAGAAUUUUAUAACGAAAGCUGCGUUUCAACAAGCGGCUGCUGAGCACGGCCUUAUUGUAGUGGCACCAGACACGAGCCCACGUGGCUGCAAUAUUGAAGGAGAAGAUGAAAGCUGGGAUUUUGGCACUGGUGCUGGUUUUUAUGUGGAUGCCACUGAAGAUCCUUGGAAAACAAACUAUAGGAUGUAUUCCUACGUAAAGGAUGAGCUGCCUAAAUUAAUAAAUGCCAAUUUUCCAACUGACCCUGAACGGAUGUCUAUUUUUGGGCAUUCUAUGGGAGGUCAUGGAGCUCUAAUUCUUGCUCUGAAGAAUCCUGGGAAGUACAAAUCGGUGUCAGCAUUUGCUCCAAUCUGCAACCCAAUUCAGUGUCAGUGGGGGAAGAAAGCUCUUGGUGGAUAUCUGGGAUCAGAUGCAAGCAAGUGGGAGGCAUAUGAUGCUACACAGCUUGUGAAGUCCUACUCAGGCCCUCGGCUUGACAUCUUGAUUGACCAAGGCAAAGAUGACCAGUUCCUGUCUGCUGGCCAGUUACUGCCUGAUAACUUCAUCGCUGCCUGCACCGAGCAGAAAAUCCCAGUAGUCUUCAGACUGCAGCAGGGUUACGAUCACAGCUAUUUUUUCAUUGCUUCAUUUAUUAAUGACCACAUCAAACACCAUGCAAAAUACCUCAAUGCUUGAACCAUUUGGAUGUGACUGCUGUCUGGCCAAUAUAAAUCAAGAGAUAGUGGUAAACUAAACAAAAAACAUUUGCUGAAAUAAUGUUUGUAAAAUGGAGCUCUUCUGAUUGUAUGUCUAAAAAAAAUAAAAGUCACACUUAAUUUGA